GAUGUGAUGGAUAAUGCGGUCGCAGUCCCGUCUGGUAAUACUUCAGCUGUCAUUUCAAUAUUUCGACUGCUGAUGAAGUAGUACGACUGACUGGAAAUAGCACAAGCAUUGACGAGACCGGAUGAAGGAAGACUAUCUCAUGAGGAUUGGUUAGGAGGAAUGAAAAUAUAGUACACGAGGCCGUUGCCUAUAACGUGCACAUGCAUAAGGACUACUGAAUACACUCUGAAGUGUCAGCUGAUGUUGUGUAGAAGUUUAGCCAUUGAUCUGCAAGUCGCGAUAUGUGCCGCACGAGAGAGUCAGUGUGAAAUGAACCGACUUCGCUUUACUCGUCUUUCUUCCCUUAUCCUCACAUGUUCAUGAUCGCGAAGGCCAAGCGAUUCAAGCAGACACCUUCACUAUACAAGAGUGUCUGCCUUGGGACAACAUCAGCAGACUCGUCCGUGUUCUUGGCGAGACGUGAAUGAUUUAACCAUGAAUUAGACAGAACGAUGGUGUGAGGUACAUGUAUGAAAUGCACGCGGGAAGACUCAAGAUGACGAGGCAUGAUGUAGCCUGACCACACAGCACGGAGGAGGCCAGUGAAUUAUGCGUCUGUCUCCGCUGAUGUUUAACAUUUUCCUUGCCAUAUUUUGUUCGCCAGCUAUCUCUGCAUACCGCAUAAUUUCUUUUGAGGAUUACUGCCCCCAGUCUGCAUGUACCAUCCUUGAGGACCAAUCUGGAGAGCUCCAAAUCACUUUCUCUCAGCUCACCUCAUUUCAACAAUGUGCAUUAGUGUUUUCCGCUGCUCACUACCACGAUCACGUCUUCCUCAGUCUGGUUCCCGAUCCACUGGAAUGUCAAGGCUUCAUUCUGCAUGUCUAUGACGGUAGGACAUAUGCCACCAAAUCAGAACUUAGUGUUGGCGGCAUAUGCACCAACGACAGUGACUCCGGUCCCAAGUUCCAGUACCGGUCUUUCAUGACAAGUGGACGGGAGUUCAGUAUUGUUCUGGAAAGGAAGAGGGGUGUGGCAAACUGGAGCAGUAGGGUGUCAUUUACGAUGUACUACAGGGCCUUCGUCCAGGAAAACAUCUUAAUUCAAGAUAUUUGCCAUAUGUGCCAUGAAAACAAGACGAGUGAAUUGGGUAUGGAUGUGUGUGAGGGCCUAUUGCCCAACUGUACGGGUAUUGCCCAAGUCAUCAAAGGCUCAUGCCUUGCUGCUGACGAUGACGCAAAGAGACGGAGUGCGCGAACGGAGGCAUUUGGCAUUUUGAUGUCGGGGGCUGUUAUCUUCACCAUUAUCUUUGUUGCUCUACACUGCGGUGGUGGGAAUCAUGCCGUCAAAGUCCGGGCCGUUGCACCUGUCGAACCUGGACGACACACUCAAACAUCCGCUAUCUUUGCUGCAAGAGGAGGUAGUGCGGGACGAAGUCCAAUCGCCCAUGUGUAGUUGCAGAUAUUCUUUGGUGCUUUAUUAUUUUCCGUCUGUUUAUAUUAUACAAACAACUAUGAUGCGAAGCAUUUUUACUUUUUCUUUCAAUGCCUUUUAAUAAAAUAGAUUAUGAUUGGUUUUGUAUUUUUGUAUGCGUCUACUUUUUAAAAGUACGUUGGCUUAUCCUCUUUUUCGGACGACUCGGAAAAUGACUAACGAUUUUGCGGUUAAGAAAACUCAGUGCAGUCAAUACAUGUAUGUAUAGCAUAUCGUAUAUAAGGCACAAAUCAUAUACGCAUCUUUGUACCCGCCCUUGUAUUGGUAAAAUCUGUAACAGCCUAUGCAAAAAACGCAUGGAUGUUAUUUUUAUAUUCGACACAUCAAUUGGUCUAUCAAUGCAGAGAACCUAGUGUCACUGUGACUCUGACAAAUAAUACAGGUCGACUUUCACUUGAACAAGUUGAUCCUUUUGAUCUGGGACUUUCAUGUGAUUUGGUAUUACCUGUUCAGCGAUCUACCAUUCUCAAGUCCCACUUCCAUUUUGUAAAGACAAAUAACAUAUUUAAGUUCCACAAACCUUAGUUAAUGUGCACUAUUGUGUAUUCUUGCGACGCAUUGCUGUGUGAGAUGUGUGCAAGUAUGAAUGUGUGCAAUUAUAAUUGAUCAAGCAAGGGGUGGGCCCCCUAUAUUACUAAAACCAAGGUAUAGUAACUAUGUAACGUCAUAAUGGUGGCACUUCGUACUGUGACGUUUCUGUGAAAACCAAACGGCUAAUUACCAUUUGCGUUUUCUUUUAUGCGAUAAUUUAUUGAAAGCAUUAUUAUAGGUCUUCCCGGCUAUUUAAAAACGUUUUUCAUUCCAAUUCUCCAAUUCACCAAUUUGCCCGAGAAGAAUUUCACAUGCUUUUGGCAAAAUCGAUUGAGUCAUCUAUCAUUCAAUUUCAAAGAUUGGUCAACCUAUUUAAGCACUGGGUCAAGAAUUUUCGUCAGUAGAGUUUGAAUACGUCUCAGCUAUUGCCGAAUGACAGCUGUUAGAGAUCGAAAUCGUCUUAUAUCAAUCACUUUAAUACUUGUGUUAAGUAAAUUAGUCUGUUGUAUUUUCCUUGUGUCCUCAAGCAUACUUCAGCACAUUCGUUCGCAUGAUAUUAUCAGACCAAGUCGAUCUCAGAGAACAUUUACCAAAAGAAAAGUGUAUACAUUAUCAAGAAAAAAAUUACUUUCGAAUUUAGAAACGAAUAAAAUAAUUCCAAAAACUACGAUGGCCCUUAA